UUAUUGAGUUGACUGACGUGAUAAAAUGCUAACAUUAUUUGUGUUGAGCUCAGUACUGUAAAGUUGGAUGGAUGUAGCUUUCGAACAUCUGUCUGUUUUAUUUUAUAAAAGUUUAUUUUGUGUAACUUAGUUUCUCCGACAUCAUCAUGGAAUCAACUUCUGUAUUUGAAGACCGUGAAAAUUUAAAUGAUUUCUUAGAAGAAGCAGAGCUACAACAGUAUUAUGAAUUGUUUAGAGAUAUAUUGAAAGUUACAAAAGUUUCCCAACUAAAAUUUGUACUCACAGAAGAUUUAGUUCAGAUUGGACUCUCGAGGCCUGAACAGAGACGUUAUAAAAAAAUAUAUUCAAAGUAUUUUCCAAACCCAUACAUAUCCAAGAUACGAAAAAUGUUGAAGCCCUCCAGAAAACGAGACCAGAAUUUUCAUGGACAUACAUCAAUUCCACUUGAAAUGCAACCGGUUUUUGAAAAUAAUGUAAAAGUGCCUACGAAGCAUAUCAUUUCUAUCGAGGAUAUAACUAUCAACAAAGAGCUUGGAAUGGGUCAAUUUGGUGUGGUGCAACAGGGAACAUGGACUACAGGGAAUCAAAGACUGCAAGUAGCGAUAAAAUGUCUCGGCCAUGAAAGGAUGACAUCUAACUCGACAGAGUUUUUGAAAGAGGCAGCCGUGAUGCACAGCAUUGAACACCCGAACAUCGUCCGCCUUUAUGGCGUUGUGCUUCACUUAGAUUCUUUGAUGUUGGUGACGGAAUUGGCGCCCCUUCGUUCGCUCUUAGAGUGCUUACGUGAGGUGUCAUUGCGCCUCAACUUCCCUGUGCCGAAUCUCUGCGAGUUUGCCGAACAGAUCUGUGAUGGAAUGUCGUAUUUGGAAAGCAAAAGACUGAUACAUAGGGAUCUUGCAGCCAGAAAUAUCUUAGUAUUUAGCAAGGAUAGAGUGAAGAUAUCAGAUUUUGGACUCUCAAGAGCUUUGGGUGUUGGGAAAGAUUAUUAUCAGACAAAUUACAACGUAAAUCUCAAGCUCCCAGUGGCUUGGUGUGCUCCAGAGUGCAUCUUGUUCCUCCGCUUCACAUCAGCCAGUGAUGUGUGGGCGUUCGGCGUCUGUCUUUGGGAGAUGUUCACCUACGGCUUCCAACCUUGGGCUGCCUUUUCUGGACAGCAGAUCUUAGAAGCCAUUGAUGCUCCAAACUUCCAGAGAUUGGAGCGGCCAGAAUGCUGCCCCGAAGCUUACUACGCCACCAUGUUGGAAUGCUGGGCCCACGACUUCAAUAAUCGGCCGAAGUUCAAGGACUUGAGCGCCAAGUUAGCUACCAUACGACCGGAGCAGGUUCAAGCGACGGUGAACUUCCAGAAGCCAGAAGAUGGCCGCCGUAACACAUUCCUGGAAUACAAGACCGGACAAGUCAUUACAGUUUUAGGAAAAGAAAAUAUGACGAAGUGUCCCCUGUGGUAUGGGGUCUUGCCCGGCGGUGCUUGUGGCAUGUUCGACCCCACGCAAACAAAACCCUACACUCCGCCAGAGCCACCACGUCAAGUUGUGACUCCGUAUAAGCCGUCAGAGGAUCUGGAACAGGUGCCGUUGAUUAACCCAAACUCACCGUCACACCUCAGUGGGGCUUCGGGGACCACACCCUACCCCAUGCUGGCAUCUAACAAACCAGAUACUAGAAAUGACGCUGACGAAGUCGACCUAUCUUGUGACGUGAAAACAAGAAGCUUGAAGAAAAACAGGACGUUGUCUGAACCUACGACGAGCAAGGGUAUUCUCAGUAAGGUGAGGAGCGCGACUCUUGGUAGGUCACAUAAAGCAGACAACGCCACGGUGCCGAAAACUGACGAAGUACACGAGUAUCAUGAAAUAUCUGAUACUGAUACGGAUGGUACUGCUGCGUCGCUGUCCAAGUCAGAGCGCCUCGCGUUGAGACCUGACAGUCUUGACAUAUUGAAAAAUUCUACUGAUUUUAGUCAAAGCCUAUUGGAAGAACUCGACAUCAUGUUCAAAAAUCUUGAAACCCGUAAAAAAGAGGAGUCGAGCGCAUCGUCUCGACAACCGGAGCCCAGUACGAGAUUACAUACACUGACUAAAGCCGAACGAAAGAAAGGAUUCUCUACAACAACCAUGAAGCCAAUGUCAGCUCACGACGAAAAAAAUUUGAAUACAGCAAUCGCGCUGGCCAAUGAGAUCACAUCGAAGUCAAUGAACGAUUUGGAGGACAGACACCCACAGUCACCGAGUGAGCGAAAAUUCAAUUUUCGCUUUGGACGAUCUGGUCAUCAUAGUACCCAGACACAUGAACCCGAGAGAGAACAUUCAGCCGGAUACGGCCCUCGUCGCAAUUUUAGCGACGAGGCCAAGAGCGUUCCCGACUUGGCGUCCACCAUCACCGCAGAAUCAAAGCUGGCGUACGCAAGCUUAAUCGAAGAGCCUACACCUUCCACUUCAUUGAUGACUCAGAUAGCUAAAGAGACCGGAGGGAUUCUCAAAUCCGCGACAAUCCCGAAGCCAACCCGCACUGCUAUGGUGCAAUACAAUAAUAGAACAGUUGGUUCUCCACAUAAUACAAGAUCACCUAUUUGCAGCCCUAUAGUUGCUGAACGGCCCGUUGUAGAGAACACAUAUAACAUAUUACCCCUUCCUCCACGCACGACAAAGCCUAAGCUAGUGGAUAAACCAAGGCACGUUCGCAAAUAUCCGCUAAAAUUAGUUGACGAACCGAAGCAGCCUCCGACUGUCCCCCCAACAAUGACAAUAAACAUUUAUCAGAACACGAAAUCACCUUCAAAAGACACCGUGAAACCUUCCGAAGUACAACCAAAGUCAGAAGAUGUCGUUGAUACUGCAAAGGAUACAAACCCGUUUUUAAGUGCUCCUGGUCCGAGCAAUGCAAAUCCAUUUGGAACAUUCUUAGAUAACGAUCACGAUGAUGACGAUAUAGAAUUGGAACUUAAUGUGGAAAGCGACACGGAUAGUGAGGAGGAGACCCAUACUAAGUUAGCUAAGGGUACACUUUCAGAAAGUAAAGACCACGUUUCCGUCGAGGAUUUACUGGAAUUUGCUGAUCAGAAGCCGUGCGGCCGACAACGCGGUGUAGAGUCUGAUGAAGUUCGGAUUAUGAGCAAAGUACUCAAAGACGAGGCUAGUCAGGAGCAGUGUUUGGAGGCACUGGAACUGAGCGGCUGGAACGUUCACAAUGCAAUCAAACUAGUUCGUGUCAAGGUGUCAGUCGGCACCGAUGUCUCCUUCGACAAGUGUCACGAACAACUACAGAAGACAAAUGGAGAUAUCGUGAAAGCAGUGUCCAUGAUGGUCUCCCUCAAAUAACCCACUUAACAUUAAAGGGUUUUCAACAUAUGAAAUCGUGGAAAUAUUAAAUUAAUUAAAAGUAAAUCGAGAGAAA